AUGUCAAGCUGCCAUUGCCCCAUCAACUGUUGUGCGGAUCCAGACGUUCCAGAGAAGAAAGGAGCACCCAAGUUCGCCAAACAGAUCGGUGCCUUCACAGACGAUGAGGAGCCCAUUGAUGAUUCGGUGCUGGCAGUUCAGGACAAGUGGUACAGGCCGCAGGCUGAAAAGCAGCUGCCCGAACCUGACGAGAGGCUGAGACAGGAAAUCGGAAGCUUCACCGUCACCUUCGAGAGCGCAGAAGGAUACUCUGUCCUUCUUGAUCCUGAAGGAAGCCGUAAGGAACCUGAUCCAGGUCCAAGCGGUCCAAGACCUGUGGAUGCAGAUCGUUUGGCUUCUUUGAUUUCUCGGCUUCAGCGGGCUGCGCAGGAGGCCGCCCGAAGAAAUACCCGCAUUCGGAUUCCGACCUUGACAGCAGGUGGUUGCUUCUUGAUCGUUGCAAUCGCGCUGUUUAUCAUGCUGCAGAUUCAUCCUGAGCCCUCGGCAUCUGUCGUCUUCGCGUAUGUCGCUGGAUUUGCUUUUUGCACGGCUUUGGCCAAUGCGCUUUUGCUUCUGGCAGUCCUUCCUGCAGACCGAAAGCUACAGCGCUGCUUGAGACUGAUCUUUGGUUGCGUUGCACUUCCAUCUGGCAUCUUCAUCACCCACCAGGGGACAUCAACCGGCCUGGAGGCGAGAAGCCUCGGAUGCACCUACAAAGAUCUACUCUUGCCGUGCUGGGCAGCCUCUGCAGUUGCCGUCAGCGACGUUGCGGCUGGCCUCAUCGUCAUUUGUUUUGCGUGCUGCAUAAUAAUCGAUCAAAUAUGCUAUCCCGGAAUCGAGGCCAUGAGGCUUCUGCAACGGCUGUAUGCGGCUGUGGGCUGCGUGUGGCUAGCAAUCGGUGUUUUCAGCUUUGUGGCAAAACACUCCGUCCUUCUCAGCGCUGGCUCCGUGGAUGGGCUGUAUGCACAUCUGCUUGGAAUUGUGGUCGGCGCACUGAUUGCUCUACUGGGUGGCAUCCUUGCUCACCCGAGGUUUCGUCGAACACAGAUUUGCUUCUUGAAAUCCAGAUCGAACACUGUGGGAUCUGGGCUGCACGAGCUUCUCGGUGGGCGUGAAUUGAGAGAGGUCAUUGAUGAUGGGCAGAGCAAUUUCCGAGCUGUUCCAGCAGACAAGGUGUUGCUUCAACACUUCCUGCUACAUCCGGCCCAGCAUGAGCUUGGCCACCUCUAUUCUCUUUCGGAGCCCGCCCAGUUUGGCUUUGUGGAUGCAUUCAUCUCGUAUUCGUGGGCUGACCAAGCCGAUUCGCAGUGGUAUGCAAUCCAGCACUGGAGAGAUGCUUUCAAGCAGGCUCACAAAAGGGAACCAUUGCUUUGGAUUGACCGAUACUGCCUACACUCGACCGAAGCAGAGGCAUCAGCGAUGAUGCCGGUCUUCAUUGCGGGGUGCCAGAACUUUGUGAGCCUGGCGGGUUCCAGGUAUUUAUACUCACUACGAAGUUUGGUGGAGAUCUUUGCAUUUGGAGAACUUGGCAGGUCGCCGGAAGAGCUCUACGAGAUGCUGCUACUUCCAGAUACAGAGAGCCGAGGCCAGAUGCACCAACUGAUCGAUUCUCUGGAUGUCUGGAAAGCGCAUGACUCAUGCUCAGCCCUGCUGUGUGCACGCGAAGCUGCAUCGGGACGGCACGGGUUCGAAACCAGGAUAAAGCGCAUCCUCUAUGUCGGCUUGGAUCAUGCACGAGUCCACCGAGGCCCUGUUGCAGGUGCAUGA